AAUCCAGCCCCAGCGGAGGCUGCGUGAGAGCCGAAACUUCAGACGCUUCAGCUGGCGGCAGAGCUCGGUGAGCCGCGGCGGCGGGCGCUCCCGCCCGCAGCAUCUUCCACCUAGUCUCCUUCCACCGCCCGGGCGAGGUCCGGGAACUGCCUCCCUGCUGCCACACCACGAGCCAGGGGUGCUACUUAACUACCCUCAGGAAGUUUGAGCUCCGGCGCAAAUUUGGGGCGCUUGGCGUGCGCGCCCCAGCGGACCAGGGCGACGCGGGCGAUGUUGGGCGCGGUGUUGGGCUGGGGACUCCCGGAAGGCGUGCGUGUGUCUGCGGUCCUGCUGCCGGCCCCACAGCCCUCGGCAUCCCUCAAGUGAUGGGAAGAAGGGCCCGCCCAGGCAGCCACUGUCGCCGCACCGCCCCCUCACUCGUCCCCAGCGCGCCGAGACACCCAGGCACACCCCCGGCGCCCGGAGCCGGCUGUCCGGAGCUACUGCCGCUACCUGGGCUCCUGUCGCCACCAGGACGGGUGGUCGGCUGCUGACUGGGCUCGCCUGUGGAACGAGAAGCACUUUUUUGGGCCCUCGCUCAGUGGUUCUCAGUGCCUAACUUUGCCGCCGCCGCCGCGCCUGCCCUCGCAGCGGCGCUCGGGCGCACGUUGUGGGGCGCACGCCGGGAGGUUCAGGCAGCCGGUCGAGCCGGGAAGCCGCACCGCUGCGCCUCAGCUUCGUCUCUUUGUUGUUUGCUGUGGAUGGUCCUUGGACAAGGGGGCUGAGUCUCCUCGGAAAGCCCGGGCUGGCAGCACACAGACCUCGGAAUUCUUCGUCUGCUAAGGGUUCGGAAGUACUGACAGGCAUCCGGAAAGGUUGACGAGGAACUGCCCGGGAAACUCCUGGCGGAUGGACCCACGUUGCUUAUAUUAAGCCUUUGUGUGUGGUGUGUGGUGUGUGGCUUCAUACAUUUGGGAAUCCCGUUUUUGCUCCCUUCUCUUGGCAUGAAACUGUAUGCAGGACCCACCCGAGGACAAUGAUCGCGGAGCCUGCUCACUUUUACCUCUUUGGAUUAAUAUGUCUCUGCUCAGGCUCCCGUCUUCGCCAGGAAGAUUUUCCACCUCGCAUUGUUGAACACCCUUCAGACCUAAUCGUCUCAAAAGGAGAACCUGCAACUUUGAACUGUAAAGCUGAAGGCCGCCCCACCCCCACCAUUGAAUGGUACAAAGGAGGGGAGAGAGUGGAGACGGAUAAGGAUGACCCUCGUUCACACCGAAUGUUGCUGCCCAGUGGAUCUUUAUUUUUCUUACGCAUAGUACAUGGACGGAAAAGUAGACCUGAUGAAGGUGUCUACGUUUGUGUAGCAAGGAAUUACCUUGGAGAAGCUGUGAGUCACAAUGCAUCGCUGGAGGUAGCUUUACUACGGGAUGACUUCAGACAAAACCCUUCUGAUGUCAUGGUGGCAGUAGGAGAGCCAGCGGUCAUGGAAUGCCAACCUCCGAGAGGCCAUCCUGAGCCUACUAUCUCAUGGAAAAAAGAUGGCUUUCCCUUGGAUGACAAGGAUGAAAGAAUAACUAUACGAGGAGGAAAGCUCAUGAUUACUUACACCCGUAAGAGUGACGCUGGCAAAUACAUUUGUGUCGGGACCAACAUGGUUGGUGAACGUGAAAGUGAAGUAGCAGAGCUAACUGUUUUAGAGAGACCAUCAUUUGUGAAGAGGCCUAGUAACUUAGCCGUUACUGUGGAUGACAGUGCAGAAUUUAAAUGUGAGGCCCGAGGAGACCCUGUGCCUACAGUACGGUGGAGGAAAGAUGAUGGAGAGCUGCCCAAAUCCAGAUAUGAAAUUCGAGAUGAUCAUACCUUGAAAAUUCGGAAGGUGAUGGCUGGUGACAUGGGAUCAUAUACCUGUGUUGCAGAAAAUAUGGUGGGAAAAGCAGAAGCAUCUGCCACUCUGACAGUUCAAGUUGGGUCUGAGCCUCCACAUUUUGUGGUGAAACCUCGUGACCAGGUUGUUGCAUUGGGACGAACUGUGACUUUUCAGUGUGAAGCAACCGGAAAUCCUCAACCAGCCAUUUUUUGGAGGCGAGAGGGGAGUCAGAAUCUGCUUUUCUCAUACCAGCCUCCACAGUCCUCCAGCCGGUUCUCAGUCUCCCAGACUGGUGACCUUACUAUUACCAAUGUUCAGCGAUCUGAUGUUGGGUAUUACAUCUGCCAGACUUUAAAUGUUGCUGGAAGUAUCAUCACAAAAGCAUAUUUGGAAGUUACUGAUGUGAUUGCAGACCGGCCUCCCCCAGUCAUUCGCCAAGGUCCUGUGAAUCAGACGGUGGCCGUGGAUGGGACGUUAGUGCUCAGCUGUGUGGCCACAGGCAGUCCAGUCCCAACAAUUCUGUGGAGGAAGGAUGGAGUCCUUGUUUCCACCCAAGAUUCUCGAAUCAAACAGCUGGAGACCGGGGUGCUACAGAUCCGAUAUGCAAAGCUGGGUGACACUGGUCGGUACACCUGCACCGCAUCAACCCCCAGCGGUGAAGCGACAUGGAGUGCUUACAUAGAAGUCCAAGAAUUUGGAGUUCCAGUUCAACCUCCAAGACCCACUGACCCCAAUUUAAUCCCUAGUGCCCCCUCAAAGCCUGAAGUUACGGAUGUCACCAGAAAUACAGUAACGUUAUUGUGGCAACCAAAUUUGAAUUCAGGAGCAACUCCUACGUCGUAUAUUAUAGAAGCCUUCAGCCAUGCAUCUGGUAGCAGCUGGCAGACUGUGGCAGAGAAUGUGAAGACAGAAACAUUUGCCAUUAAAGGACUCAAACCUAGCGCCAUUUACCUUUUCCUUGUGAGAGCAGCUAAUGCAUAUGGAAUUAGUGACCCAAGCCAAAUAUCGGAUCCAGUGAAAACACAAGAUGUUCCUCCGACCAGUCAGGGGGUGGACCACAAGCAAGUGCAGCGAGAGCUGGGGAAUGUUGUCCUGCACCUGCACAACCCUGCCGUCCUUUCUUCAUCCUCCAUCGAAGUGCACUGGACGGUGGAUCAGCAGUCUCAGUACAUCCAGGGCUAUAACAUCCUCUACCGGCCUUCAGGAGCCGGCCACGGAGACACUGAGUGGUCAGUGUUUGAAGUGAGGACGCCAAGCAAAAACAGUGUCAUUAUCCCUGAUCUCAAAAAGGGUGUCAACUAUGAAAUUAAAGUUCGCCCCUUUUUUAAUGAAUUUCAGGGGGCAGAUAGUGAAAUCAAGUUUGCCAAAACCCUGGAAGAAGCACCCAGUGCCCCGCCACAAAGCGUAACCAUAUCAAAGAACGAUGGGAACGGAACUGCAAUUCUUGUUAGUUGGCAGCCCCCUCCAGAAGACACACAGAACGGAAUGGUCCAAGAAUACAAGGUUUGGUGCCUGGGCAAUGAAACUCGGUAUCAUAUAAACAAGACAGUAGAUGGUUCUACUUUUUCUGUGGUCAUUCCCUCUCUGGUACCUGGGAUCCGAUACAGCGUGGAAGUGGCCGCCAGCACCGGAGCCGGGCCUGGGGUGAAGAGCGAGCCCCAGUUCAUCCAACUGGAUUCUCACGGCAACCCCGUGUCGCCUGAGGACCAAGUCAGCCUUGCCCAGCAGAUCUCGGAUGUGGUGAAGCAGCCGGCAUUCAUCGCAGGCAUUGGGGCCGCCUGUUGGAUCAUCCUCAUGGUCUUCAGCAUCUGGCUCUAUCGGCAUCGCAAGAAGAGAAAUGGACUCACCAGCACCUAUGCAGGCAUCAGGAAAGUUACUUAUCAGAGAGGAGGAGAAGCUGUGAGCAGCGGAGGGAGGCCAGGACUUCUCAACAUCAGUGAACCUGCCACACAGCCAUGGCUGGCUGACACGUGGCCAAACACUGGCAACAAUCACAAUGACUGCUCCAUCAACUGCUGCACAGCAGGCAACGGGAAUAGCGACAGCAACCUGACAACAUACAGUCGCCCAGCUGAUUGUAUAGCAAAUUAUAACAACCAACUGGAUAACAAACAAACAAAUCUGAUGCUCCCUGAGUCAACUGUUUAUGGUGAUGUGGACCUUAGUAACAAAAUCAAUGAGAUGAAAACCUUCAAUAGCCCAAAUCUGAAGGAUGGGCGUUUUGUCAAUCCAUCAGGGCAGCCCACACCUUACGCCACCACCCAACUCAUCCAGUCAAACCUCAGCAAUAACAUGAGCAAUGGCAGUGGGGACUCCGGCGAGAAGCACUGGAAACCACCUGGUCCGCAGAAGCAAGAGGUGGCACCAGUUCAGUAUAACAUCAUGGAGCAGAACAAGCUGAACAAAGAUUAUCGAGCAAAUGAUGCAAUUCCUCCGACUAUCCCCUACAAUCAAUCAUAUGACCAAAAUACAGGAGGAUCCUACAACAGUUCAGACCGGGGCAGUAGCACAUCUGGGAGUCAAGGGCACAAGAAGGGGGCUCGAACACCCAAGGUACCAAAACAGGGUGGCAUGAACUGGGCAGACCUGCUUCCCCCUCCCCCAGCACACCCUCCCCCACACAGCAAUAGUGAAGAAUACAGUGUUUCUGUUGAUGAAAGCUAUGACCAAGAGAUGCCAUGCCCUGUACCACCAGCAAGGAUGUAUUUACAACAAGAUGAAUUAGAAGAAGAUGAUGAAAGAGGCCCCACGCCCCCCGUGCGGGGAGCAGCUUCAUCUCCAGCAGCUGUGUCCUAUAGCCAUCAGUCCACGGCCACUCUGACUCCUUCCCCUCAGGAGGAGCUCCAGCCCAUGUUACAGGACUGCCCGGAGGAGAUUGGCCACUUGCAGCACCAGACAGAAAGGAGACGACAGCCUGUGAGUCCGCCUCCUCCACCACGGCCGAUUUCCCCACCACACACCUAUGGCUACAUUUCUGGACCCCUCGUGUCAGAUAUGGAUACGGAUGCGCCAGAAGAGGAAGAGGAUGAAGCCGACAUGGAAGUAGCCAAGAUGCAAACCAGAAGGCUUCUGUUACGUGGUCUGGAGCAGACGCCUGCCUCCAGUGUUGGGGACCUGGAGAGCUCUGUUACCGGCUCCAUGAUCAAUGGCUGGGGCUCAGCCUCUGAGGAGGACAACAUUUCCAGUGGGCGUUCCAGCGUGAGCUCAUCCGACGGCUCCUUUUUCACGGAUGCUGAUUUUGCCCAGGCAGUCGCAGCAGCGGCAGAGUACGCAGGUCUGAAAGUGGCACGACGUCAAAUGCAGGAUGCGACUGGGCGCCGACAUUUCCCUGCCUCUCAGUGCCCUCGGCCUACAAGCCCGGUGUCCACUGACAGCAACAUGAGUGCUGCUGUAAUGCCGAAAGCCAGACCCGCCAAGAAACAAAAACACCAGCCAGGACAUCUGCGCAGAGAAGCCUACACAGAUGAUCUUCCACCUCCUCCAGUGCCACCACCUGCUAUAAAAUCACCCACUGUCCAAUCCAAGGCCCAGCUGGAGGUACGACCUGUAAUGGUGCCAAAACUCCCUUCUAUAGAAGCAAGAACUGACAGAUCAUCAGAUAGAAAAGGAAGCAAUUACAAAGGGAGAGAAGUAUUGGAUGGAAGACAAGUUGCUGACAUGCGAACCAAUCCAGGGGAUCCCAGAGAAGCACAGGAGCAGCCGAAUGAUGGGAAAGGACGGGGCAACAAGGGAGCAAAACGAGACCUUCCACCAGCAAAGACUCAUCUCAUCCAAGAGGACAUUCUGCCGUACUGUAGACCUACAUUUCCAACAUCAAAUAAUCCGAGAGAUCCCAGCUCCUCGAGCUCAGUGUCAUCAAGAGGAUCAGGAAGCAGACAAAGAGAACAAGCAAAUGUUGGCCGGAGAAAUAUUGCAGAAAUGCAAGUUCUUGGAGGAUACGAAAGAGGAGAAGAUAAUAAUGAAGAAUUAGAGGAAACUGAAAGCUGAAGACAACCAGAGAGGCUUGUGAGAAGUGCCGUGAAAUGAUCACUCAAGAUGCCUCCUGUCUGAUGACACGUGACGCCAGAUGAAAUGUUCAGUGCAAUCAGUGUGCAAAUUGCCUUUCUUCUUCCUCUUAUUAGGAUGCCAAUUUAAAGUCUUGAUUGGGUUUUUAUUGUUGUUGUUCUGUCCCAGAAUCUCCUGGUUCCCCACACUCUUGGAACAAACCAUUGCUCCUUGCUUCCAGCAAAGGAAGGAUACUGACUUCUUGCUUCAGUCAUCAGCCAGCAGGAAAGAACACAGCAGUUCCUUUGCAUUUUGCUCCUGAGAUAUGGCCGUUGCACUGCUUCUAUACCAAGCUAAUUUGUAGCAAAAUAUUGAUCAAAGAUAACAUUGAUUAUCAACCUCAUGCCAAGGGCUCUCAAAGUAUAAUCUUUCUAUAACUAACUGCUAAUGCAAAAUAAAACAUACUUCAUUUUAACAUGAUUUUUAAAUUAGUCUUUCAUACCACACUUUGCUGGGAGAAACAAAAAAUACAGCAAAGGUACAACUGAACAGUUUGAAUGGGGUAGAAACAUUGUAAAUAUAUACUCUUUGCAACCCCUGGUGGUACUUUAUUUUGUCUUCAUUUCAAUCAUUGAAGUAUAUUCUUACGGGAAAUGUAAUUUUGGACAAAUAGGGCUAAACCAGUUGGAUCUCUGAUUGUCUAGUCAUUGUCAUAAGUAAGCCUAGCAAAAACCUUGUUCUAUUUUUCAAUCAAAAAGCAAUUAUAAGAGCAUAUUACAGAAAAAAAGGAUGUUUUUAAUGACCAAUGUAGUAGGGACAUCCCUAUCUUAACUGGCCUAAAUUUCUUCUGGUAGUGUCAGUUCAACUUUCAGAAGUGCCACUUAAGGAAGUUUGAUGUUUUGUUUUUAUAAUGCACUGUUUUUAAUCUUUUUUUUUUUUUGGUUUUAAAAGCACAAUCACAACUUUAUUUGUAAACCAUGUAACUAUUAACCUUUUUUGUCUUAUUGAGAAAAUGUUGAGAAGUGUUUUUAACCUGUUUUGUUAAUGCUCUAUGUUUGUAUUUGGAAUAUUUGAAUGACAGAUGGUGAAGUAAUGUGCAUACAUUAUCGUGGGCCAUGAACCAAUUGUUCUUGCUUUUCCUGAACUGAAGGAAAAGCAGAGGUUCAAGUUUGUUGUGGCCAAUGUCAAAACAUGUGAGAUAAUCUUAUAAGCUCAAAUGGAGGCAAUACUUGUUUUAAUUUGCCAAAUGAUAUCUUCUGAUGAUAGAUUUGUAUGAUCUUUUUUGUCAUUCUAUCAAUUUCAUUGACUUUAUAAUUGGUGCUAUUUGGAGAAAACUACAUUUAUUCAUACACAGGUAUUAAGCCUAACCCACUGGAAAACAAAGCCAAACAAAACUGAACCACACAUAAAGAUUGAUAUCCACCACAAAAACUGAAAAUGUUCAUUUAGAUAAUUUGAAAUAAGUUCCAUAGAAAGAGUAUGCAGUACUAAGGGAACAAUCCAUGUGAUUAAUGUUUUCAUUAUGUUCAUGUAAGAAGCCUCUUAUUUUUAGCCAUAAUUUUGCAUACUGAAAAUCCAAUAAUCAGAAAAGUAAUUUUGUCACAUUAUUUAUUAAAAAUGUUCUCAAA